GAGUGUUUCUCCUCCCUACGGAUUUACCACAGCGCCUCUCCUUCCUCUGAAGCCGAAACAGGCGGAUUUCCACCUUUAAAACGGGGGCAAUUCAGACUGAAAUCAGGUGUUAGCUUGGUAGUUAGCUACCCUCCAAAUACAGCAUCUCCAAUCCAUUGCUCUGGCUGAUCAUUUUGCCUGUGGUUGUUGGCUAUCUUCUGAGCUUCCUGCUGAGGAAGGAGGGAGCAGGGGACAGGAGCACUUGGUGAUACAGCAAAGCCAAACCCCAUAUCCUAUAGAGCCUAGCUAGAGGAAUGGUGUCUUUUCGGUUAAACUCAAGUAGGUGAUUUUGACAGUUACGGGCUAUAUAACUUUCACGCACCAUGAAUUUACUGCCAUCCAACCCUCACGGAAAUGGACUUCUUUAUGCUGGAUUCAACCAAGAUCAUGGAUGCUUUGCAUGCGGGAUGGAAAAUGGCUUCAGGGUGUACAACACAGAUCCUCUUAAAGAAAAAGAAAAACAAGAGUUCCUUGAGGGUGGAGUUGGGCAUGUUGAGAUGCUCUUUCGAUGCAACUACCUUGCACUUGUCGGAGGAGGCAAGAAACCCAAGUACCCACCUAAUAAAGUGAUGAUCUGGGAUGACCUUAAGAAAAAGACUGUGAUUGAGAUUGAGUUUUCCACAGAAGUCAAAGCUGUUAAGCUACGAAGAGACAGAAUUGUGGUGGUCCUGGAUUCAAUGAUCAAAGUCUUCACUUUCACACAUAACCCUCACCAGCUGCAUGUCUUUGAAACAUGCUACAACCCUAAAGGUUUGUGUGUUCUGUGUCCAAACAGCAACAACUCUUUGCUAGCAUUUCCUGGCACCCACUCUGGACAUGUGCAGAUAGUAGACCUGGCCAACACAGAGAGGCCUCCGGUGGACAUUCCUGCCCACGAGGGAGCUCUGUGUUGUAUCGCCCUCAACCUCCAGGGCACACGGAUAGCCACGGCUUCAGAAAAAGGGACUCUGAUCAGAAUAUUUGACACAUCUGCAGGUCAUCUGAUUCAGGAGUUAAGACGAGGAUCACAGACUGCAAACAUAUAUUGCAUUAACUUCAACCAGGAUGCAUCUUUAAUCUGUGUGUCGAGUGACCAUGGGACUGUCCACAUAUUUGCUGCAGAAGAUCCCAAAAGGAAUAAGCAAUCAAGCUUGGCCUCAGCCAGUUUCCUACCCAAGUAUUUCAGCUCCAAGUGGAGUUUCUCAAAGUUCCAGGUCCCAUCUGGCUCACCCUGUGUCUGUGCCUUUGGAACUGAGCCCAAUGCAGUCAUAGCCAUUUGUGCUGAUGGCAGCUAUUACAAGUUCCUGUUCAACCAAAAAGGGGAGUGUUCCAGGGAUGUAUAUGCCCAAUUCUUGGAAAUGACUGAUGAGAAGAUCUGAGCACAGACCGUACUUGGAUUCAAUUGAUUUUUUUUUUUUUUUUUUAUUUCCUGACAUCUCCAAAUUUGAAGAAUGUCAGAGGAAUAACUAUGUGGCAUUCCUGACUAAGUGACUCCCUGGUGCAGGAAGACUAAGAGAUCUGUAAUCUCACUAGCCAGUUUUUAAAGAACUUAAAAGAAACUCUGACCACUGGAGAGAUGGAUGAAUAAACUGACUGCAGACAUUCAGUGGAGUGAGAAGAGGGGAAACUAUUUUUGAAUGACAACAGUUGCUUUUUAAAAGGUCUUCCAUGAGAACUGCUGUUUUAUAAGCAUAGAGUUGGCUAGAAGAAUAUUUGUCCACUAACUAACCUACUAUAGUGAGUGCCUCUGUCAUUACUGAAGAGGAAGGAUGAGUGUAUGCUUAUUCAUCAGUCACAAUAUGUAUGUGCAUAAUACUGGUAGCCUUAGGUUUUGUUUUACCUGUUGUAUAAACACAAAAUGCCAGGCAUAUGUAACUGCAACAAUAUAACAUAGUACAACAGAACAGCAACUACAAUGUAGAUAUGUUUUUUUUUUCAUUCAUUGUUACUUACAUGUAUGUGCAAUUUUCAUUAAUUUUUAUCACAGGUAUUGAGAGUUAAUCUGUCUGAACAAAUUAGUAUUUGCUUAAUGCAUUUUAAUAGCAUGUGCAUAACCACACGUGUUGUAUAAAUCGAUUACAGAUGUCCUCUUCAUGAUUAGUCAUCAGACAGAGAGAGAUGCAUCCUGUUAAACCAGAAUUUGAUCUUUUAAAAAAAAAAAAAAAAAAAGAAUUUGGGUUGCUAAAAAAGGUUUGGUUUGAAAUUUGAAAAGUGAUUGGUGUAUCAUUACAGAUAUGGAAAGAUGGUCUUCAUUUCAGUUAGUUAAAUGAAAUCAAUCUUUUUUUUUUUUUUGGUCUUUUUUUGCCCUAUUAAUGUGACAGCAAAAAUAUUACCAAAGUGCCCAACGGUAACAUCUAUAUGCUUGAACUGUAUUCAUUUACUUGUUUUUCUAUUUUUUUUCCCCAAACUUUGUUGAUUAGAAGCUUAUUUCAUGCUUUUGUCGUGAUUGUAAAUGUAUAAGUGAUUACACAUAAUGCAGCGUUAAACAUGCUGUAAUGUACGCUAUGACUGUAUUGCGCAGGGAGACAUAGCUCACAAUGUAUCAUGUAACAAAUUAAACACGAUUGUAAAACCGA